AUGUCAGGAGAUAACAACUCCCAGCCCAAGUCCAUGAGCCGAGCGAGGAUGUGGACGGAUGAUGUGGAGAAUCUCUACAGAUUUCAGCAGGCAGGCUACAGGGAUGAGCUGGAGUACAGGCAAAUUAAACAAAUGGAGAUUGACCGCUGGCCAGAAACAGGGUUCGUAAAGAAGCUUCAGCGCCGAGACAACACGUUUUAUUACUAUAGCAAAAAGCGGGAGUGUGAGGACAGAGAGGUGCACAAAGUCAAGGUGUAUGUGUACUGACCUGCUUUGGCACUUCUGGCUUUAUGUCUAUCUCUCUUCUGGUGAUUUUUAAUAAAGACUGCAAGCUGAAAGAUCA